AUGUCACCCAUUUCGUAUUCAUCUCAACACGCCUACACGACAAUUCACAAUUCAAGUCCAUAUUUUACGCAUAUGAACGCGCGUUACGAUAGGAGUAUAGGACGUGAACACGAGCUACAACGAGAGCUGGGUGUAGAGAGAGCUGAAUAUGGGAAUGGGAAUGGGAAGUUUGUAUCACGCGAUUCCGGACCUACACCUCCACGACAAACGUUACCCAGCUUCAAGGAGUUAUUUGGGGAUAUUCGGCUUCUUAACAUGGACUCUCAUCGUAAUAUAUCCUCGUCGUCUUCUUCGAGCUCAACGUCAUCUUCAUUGAGCUCAGUCAGUCAACCAGUGAUCAAAGCAUCGCACUCAAACUAUUCCCGGCGGAUAUCAGGCUCCCCCACCAAGCCGUCGGUUUCACUGGUUGACCAUAUCUUCUACUCCUCUGAGGAGGAGGACGAAACAGAUGGUUAUUUUCGCCGUCGUCUUCCUUUUCGCUAUUCGCGGGAGCCCUCAUUAGCAGAGCAGUCACUCUCAGACGCGGAAGAAGAACUUCUGGAAAGAGAUAGAAUAGAGGACCAGAAUUCUUAUUCUUUUUCCCCAGGACGUCGUCGCUCAACGACUUUCGAAACUUCCUCUGAACGUGGGCUUUGGACAAAUACUACGAGGUUUCCAGAAAUUAAAGCCCAAAAACGCAGUUCAGAACCAGCUAUUUCUUUGCCUUCGCCAUUGCCCACCAGUGACUCCGACCUUGGAACAUCGCAGUCCUUCCCCAGCCCUGCAAGGCAUGUCUCAGAACCUGCGCCUCAGUCCGGUUUAGUUCAUCAGGGUCGCUCUUUCGUGAAUGAUAAAUCAAUCGCCCCUUCAAGAUCUUCUCCCAUGAGGCCACGCGAGAUUUCACUGCCAGCAUCCUCCCCGCCGAUGUCUCCAGCUUCCUCACUUUCACCUAUCCGUGAAAAGCCCUCGGAUUCUUCACCAAGCUGUCCAGACGACGUUGCGACAGUUGAAAGUGGCUGUCCUUCCUGUUUGGAGGGUUAUCGCUCUGUAUCACCACCCGGGGAUAUGGUUAGGCCAACAGAAGAUAUCGUGAUGGGUGGCAUUGACUCAAAUGGUGAUGAUUCUCACGAAACACAGGGAGGUUUAGUCACCCAUCGAAUGAAAUCAGCUAACCGUUAUGGUCCUCUAGACCGAACUGCUUAA